AUGGGAAUUAACUGGAAACACAUUCCACCACGUUCUCCCCAUUUCGGAGGCCUUUGGGAGACCGCUGUUAAAUCCGCAAAAACAUUGUUGUUAAAAUAUUUAGGAGAAGCGUCUUUAACUUAUGAAGAGCUUUCCACAGUUGUGAUUCAAAUUGAAUCUAUCUUGAAUUCACGCCCACUUACACCUAACUCCUCAGAUCCUAAUGACAUGCAGGCAUUGACUCCCGGUCAUUUUUUAAUUGGUGCUCCGUUGACAUCGCUUCCAGAACCUGACAUAACUGAUCAUAACAUCUCAAGAUUAGACAAAUUUCGUCAGAUUCAGCAUAUACAACAGCAUUUUUGGCAAAGAUGGUCAAAUGAAUACCUCCAUCUUCUUCAACAGAAAUUAAAGUGGAAGGUGGAAUCCAAAAAUCUAGAACCUGGAACAAUGGUUGUUUUAAAAGAUGCACACCAGCCUCCAAUGAAAUGGAAGCUCGGACGUGUAAUCGAAGUUGUCAAGGGAACAGACGGAUUAGUACGAGUGGCAUAUGUUAAGACUGAAACCGGCACAUAUCAACGAGCUGUUCAAAAUCUUUGUCCCCUACCGAUUGACCAUAAAGAGCAGCAAAAGGAUGCUGCACAAAUCCCAAUAAAAAAACAACCCCUGAUGAAAUUAAGAACAUUAUCUGGACCAGCACCAUCACUCAGCAAUGUGUUUAUUCCAAUAUUCUUGUUUGAAUGUAUAGCGCAAUAA